GCAAAAAACAAAGUUCCAGAUUCAUUGCAGAGAGGGAAAGACAUGCAGGUUGCGGCAUUUCCAGUCUCUAGUUUGUGAUUCUUCUUUCGUCUGCGACACAGAGUUGGAUUCUUGGGUCCAAAUCCUGAAAGUCACAAUGUUGUUCUUUGGAAACCUGACCCUUCCCUCGGCCACAGAAUUCCUCAUUGCCAGUGUUGUUUUUCUUCUGAUCUUUGUUGCCAUCAACUCCUCCUGGAAGCGGAUACCCCAGGGGCUAAAGCAACUCCCAGGGCCAGUGGGGUACCCAUUGAUUGGCAGCAUGCUGGAAAUAGGGAAGAACCCCCACUUGAGCUUGACAGAGAUGAGCAAGAAAUACGGGGAUGUGAUGAAGGUCCAUAUCGGCUCGAGACCCGUGUUGGUGCUAAGUGGGCUUGAAACCCUCAAGCAGGCAAUGGUGAGGCAAGGAGGAGACUUCAUGGGGCGCCCGGACCUGUACAGCAUGCGGGAUAUUUCAGAUGGCCAGAGCAUGACUUUCAGCACAGAUUCUGGGGAGGUGUGGCUGGCCCGCAGGAAACUGGCCCAGAAUGCCUUGAAGAGUUUUGCGUCCUCCCCCAGCCCAGACUCUGCAUCCUCCACCCUCUUAGAAGAGCACGUCUCCAAAGAGGCAGAAUACCUAGUCAUGAAACUGCAGCAAGUGAUGCAGGAGCAGCGGAGACUUGACCCCUUUCAGUACCUUGUGGUCUCUGUGGCCAACGUGGUUUCCGCCAUGUGCUUUGGCAAGCGCUACAGCCACGAUGACCAGGAGCUGCUCAGCAUCAUGAACGAAAACGAAGACUUUGUGGAAUUCGCCUCCUCUGGGAACCCGUUUGAUUUCAUCCCUGUGCUUCAACUUCUCCAAAAAAAGAGCUUAAAGAAGUUCAAAGAAUUCAGUCAACGGUUCGACACUUUCCUGGAAAACUUCAUCAAGGAUCACUAUGAGAAUUUCAGUAAGGACAACAUCCGCGACAUCACUGACUCGCUCAUCAAAUUCAGCCAAGAAGAGGAGAAAAAUAUGAAGAUUCAGCUGCCCACUAGAAAAAUAGUGAAUCUCGUUAAUGAUAUUUUCGGUGCUGGUUUUGACACAGUAACCACCGCCUUGUCCAGGUGUCUCACGUACCUUGUCGUUUAUCCCGAAAUGCAGAAAAAGAUUCAACAAGAAAUAGAUGAAACCAUUGGCAGCGAGAGGAAGCCGAGGCUCUCGGAUCGGCCCCUGCUGCCUUAUACGGAAGCCUUUAUCCAAGAAACGUUCAGACACUCCUCCUUCAUACCUUUCACUAUCCCCCACUGCACAACCAGAGACACUGCCUUGAACGGCUACUAUAUCCCAAAGGAUACUUGCGUCUUUGUCAACCAGUGGCAAGUAAACCAUGAUAAGGAUCUUUGGAAGGAUCCUUUUGUCUUCAAACCAGAGCGUUUCCUUACUGCUGGUGGGAAAGAAAUCAACAAAGACGAGACAGAGAAGGUGCUGGUUUUUGGUUUGGGGAAGAGGAGAUGCAUUGGGGAGACGAUUGCCCGAUGGGAGGUCUUCCUUUUCUUGACCAUUUUGCUACAAGAACUCCAGUUCACGGUCCAGGAUGGGGUCAAAGUGGACAUGACGCCUCGUUACGGGCUCGUAAUGAAGCUCCCGAGAUGUGAGCACUUCCAAGUGACCAAGCGUUCUCCAAAGAGGACUGCCGAGUGAACUGUGAGGACUUCUUGCUGAGCAAAAAGGAUGUUUUGACAUGUCUACCACAUGUUUAGGAUUAGGGCUAGUUUACAACUGUAUUCUAAAUGCAACCAGUACUAUUGAACUUUGCUUAACAGCGCCAUUCUACGCUUUCUUAGUAGUUGGAUCUCUUGAAAAUAUAAUACCAUUUUAAUGAAAAGCUAACUCAUUUUAAUGUCACUCUAAUUUGGCCUGGUGUUGGAAUACCAGUUCUUUGAUGCCCUUGCUGUCUCUGUUCACAUCCACUUUGGAUUUUAAGGACAAAUUAAUGUAUUUGGUAGUCUAGAAUAAAUUUGUAUUUUGUAAAUAAUGAUUUUGAACGGCCUUAUCAAUUUGUUUAAAGAAGUUGAAAACAUGCUAUAUACAUGGAAGAAAUAAAUUCAUGAUGAAAUCAAA